CCCGCUGCAUGCUGGGAGUCGUAGUCCUUCCCUGAGGAAAGCGACAAGGCGGAGGCAGGACGGCUUCUUUCUCCCGGAGUUCCUCUUCCCGGCCGGGCGAGGCGGCAAAAUGGCACGUCAGGGCAGCCGAGGAGGCUCCGAGAGCAAGAAAAUGAGCUCGGAGCUCUUCACUUUGACGUAUGGGGCUUUGGUCACUCAGCUGUGUAAGGACUACGAGAAUGAUGAAGAUGUCAACAAGCAGCUUGACAAAAUGGGCUACAACAUAGGUGUUCGACUUGUGGAAGACUUUCUAGCACGAUCCAAUGUUGGGAGAUGCCAUGACUUUCGAGAAACGGCAGAUGUAAUUGCGAAGGUAGCAUUUAAAAUGUAUUUGGGUAUCACACCAAGCAUCACAAACUGGAGUCCAGCAGGUGACGAAUUCUCCCUUAUCUUGGAAAACAAUCCACUGGUGGAUUUUGUGGAAUUACCAGACAACCAUUCCUCUCUUAUUUACUCUAACCUCUUAUGUGGGGUGCUCCGGGGAGCCCUGGAAAUGGUACAGAUGGCUGUGGAUGUCAGGUUUCUCCUGGACACCUUGAAAGGGGAUGGGGUCACAGAAAUAAGGAUGAAGUUUAUCAGGCGGAUUGAAGACAACCUCCCAGUUGGAGAGGAGUGAGUCUUGAGCAGCCCUCCUACUGGACUGGAAGGGAUGAAGUCACUGAACCGGAGCUUCAUUCGCAUAUAGUACCCUGUGUACUUUGAGACACUGACUGGUUAAGACAUCAAUUCAUUUGAAAUAGUCUGUUUUAUUUCCACAGAUUUCUAUUAAAAGCUUUUGUAGGAUGUAGAACUCUUUUCAUAUUCAUCAGAAACACAAGGCACCCUUUUCUUGAUACUACGCUUAGCUCCAUGAAAAAAUACAGGAUAUUAAAACUCUGUAAUUUGAACAUUGGAAUAACUCCAGAUGCCACUUUCGUUCUGCAGUAUGUGAAGAAUUCCAGCAUUUAUAUUGGUCAGUUUUUCUUCAUGGGGAAGCGUUUCCUAAUAGUACAGAAUGCAUUCUAUGAUUUGAAAGAAUUGAGAGCUCCUAAUGGAUUUGGACUUGUCCUUUUAGUUUUGCCAUUCAACAAAACAAUUAAAAUUCAUGUUGAAUCAAGAGCUGGAUUCAUUUUGACAGUCUUGAAGGAAGUGUGUCAUUGAAAUUCAACAAAAUCCCAGUUGGUGGGGCGUUUCCAGUUUCAUCUUUGUCUUCUUAGUUGCUUGGCCGAAAUAAUUUUAAUGAACCAAUGAUGUAAGGCUCAAGUUUCAAAUGUUUAUAUAAUGUUAGAAAAAUGAUAUUCACUCUGAGGGCCUCUUCUUUACAUGUUUGAUUUCAGUAACUAAUUGAAGAGUUGUUCAUACCACCUUUGUUUUCUAAAAGUUUUAGGCAAAGCGUGUUUUAAAAAUGUUGCCGUUGGGCAUCCAUGCUGAGAGGAUAGGAAUGAUAGUAGCAUGUUUCAUGUGCAUUCAAGUUUUUCUUAAGAAAAAGUGGUCUCAAGAUUGCAGACAGAAGGGUAUAAACAGCCUUGUGUGGUAGGUUGAUCAGUGUACCAAAUGCUGGAUGGUUGAAAGGAAUUUGAAGAGUAUCUUAGAAGAACUUAACAGUGAAUAUUCACUGAGUUUGUCAUCAUGUGUAUUUUUUGAGGUUCUAAGUUUCCUAGUGAGCAGAACAACCAUUGUUGCAUUUCAUGGACAAAUCUGUACUAAAUGGUGAAAAUCUUUGAAUUGAGGAUCCCACGGAGAAUGUUUGCAUUAAACAUAAAACUGCCUGUCACACUUAAAGAGGCACAAGAGGCUUCUAGUGAUCUCUGUCUUCUUAAAGCAUAAUGGAAUCCAUUAUCCCAUGCUGAUGCUGGUGAAAAGAUUGCAGUACUUCAUUCGUUAGAGAAAUUAAUUGGUGGUUGGGAGGCUUUAUGAUUUAUCUGUGUGGGUAUCAACUGAAUGGUAUUUUAAAAGUUGGCAAAGGGAGCCGUAAUUAUUCGAUGACUUGGUCUUGUAAAUAAUGCUGUGGGUAAUAUGCACAGCGGGAGAAUGAAAUGGCUUACCUAAUUGCAAGAAAAUGAAAACCAAACAGUUGCUUUCUCAAGACAGUGGGGCCAUUUUUAAGGGUAUCUUGGUCACAUUUUCCCAGCGCUCUCCUAGAAUUUUUCUCAGUUGCUUUGCAGAAGUGUAGAGGCAAUAUUUUUUUUGCAUCAUGAAGGAUAAAGAUUUGAGCAUACCAGUUUUGAAGUAAUUUGUUCUGACCGUCAGAAGAAUCGCCCUGAGAAAAUCAUUUUUGUUCCUUCUGUAAUUUUUGAUGGUUUUAAAAAAUUAGCUGAUUUACAGCUGAUUGGUGAAUAUUGAUUAGUUAGAUGCAAUUUACACCUUCUUAUUUGUAUAUGGGGUAUGUCUUAUGUGUUCCAUUUUUGAAGGUAUUGUUUUGAAGCUCUUAUAUUAAAGACACUCUUAAAUUAAGGUGUAUGGCGGUAGACUCAUAGUUAAUUUUAUUAAAUUUUAUCCUACUUUCACUCUCCUCUCUUUUUCCACACUUCAGCAACAUAGAUCUUUGAUUGAUUGGUUAUAUUUCUAUGGCCAUCUAUGUCACAAGGAAUGACUGGAUGGUGUACAGCAAUCAAAUAAAAUAACUAUAUAAAAAUAAACAUUAUAAAAAUAUAAACCAUUAUUAAAAUUAAAUAUUAAAAGUUAAAAUAUACAACUACAAAACAUGGAGAGAGUAAAUAUAUCAUGUUAGUGGAGCCAUCCUAGAAUGUUACUGGUUCUCUGGGACCCCCAAGCCUGCUGUCAUAACAGACCUUAAGGAUCUUCCAGAAUGCUAAGAGGGAUGGAGCUAACCUGAAUUCAGGAUGGGAGAAUAUUCCAGCAGGGCAGAUGUCAUGGCAGAGAAGAGCCCGCUCCUGUAAGUCUCUAGCAUGGGCGUGGGCAAAUAUGGCCCCUUUAUGACUUCAACUCCCAGAAUUCCUCAGCCAGCCAUGUGAGUGGGAGUUGAAGUCCACAGGUCAUAAAGGAGCCAUAGUUGCCCACCUCUGCUCUAGCAGAUGGUACCUGCUGCGUGCCUUCUCUGUUGGGUCUAAUGGGAUGGGCUUAUAUAAUUGGGGACGGUCCCAUACCAUGAAGGGCUUUAAAAGUUAAAACCAUUGCCAUGAAUUGGUCGCAGAAGCAAACUGGCAGCCAAUGCAUAUCCUGUUCUGGGGCCACACAUAACUGCCACGCUGCUGCAUUCUGCACAGUGGAAGCUUCUGAAUUGGGUGAAAUGCUGACCGGUUUGGACCAGUUUGGGAGAAAUGAUAGUAAAAAAUGCUACUAGUUCAGCCAAACCGGUAUUUCCGACCAUCAGCUGGGCGACGAUCGGCUGUGACGCGUGAUUUAUAUUAGCUACAAUUGUCGGAUUUCCUGCUUUCCAGCUAAUCUAAAUCGCAUGGCACAGCGGAUUCCCCCUCCCUCACUGUUCUACUUACCUUUGCAGACUCGGAAGUCUUCAAAAUGUUCAUUUUUUAGCGCACGCGCAAAGCGCGCACUUGGUAGCAGAUUCACAGAACCAUUAGCAGACUUGAAAGGAUUUCACCGCUGUUCUGGAUACUUUUUAAGGGCAGCCUCAUGUAGAACGCAUUAUGAUAGUCCAAUCUGGAGGUGAUUAGGGCUGAAGUCACUGUGAGCAUAGCGCCCUGAUCUAGGAAUAGGCACAAUUGGCAGCCAAUACAAAACUCUGUAAAGCAGUGCCCUCCCGCCCUCAAACCUUUUAGGCACCAGGGACCCGUUCCAUGAUGGAAAAUUUUUUCCAUGAACUGGAUGUGUGUGAUUUCGCACACUAGCUAAAUCCUGCACAUGUGCAGAUGAAGCUUUGCUUGCCUGGCCUGAUUCCUAAUGGGCUGUGAACUGGUACUGGUCUAUAGAUUUGGGAUUGUGGACUCCUGGUGUAAAGCCCCUCUUAGCCACAACUGCUACCUCUGUUGUUUUGAGGACCAUCAAAUGGCAUAUCAGGUCUGUGCAACUCCAUCCAGCAUGAAAGAUUGAAUAGUCCUAGAAGCAGUAGGCUCCAAAACCCAAAGCUAUUCAGUCUUGCCAUGGUUCAACUGAAGUCUGUUGUUCCCUAUCCAGACAUUCAUAGCUUCCAUGAAUAAGACAUUCAUGGCAUCACUUAAUUUGCAUGGGGCACUGUUACAUAAUUGGGUGUCAUCGAUGUCCUGAUGAUACCUCACCCCAUGGCAACAGAUAGAGAUAAUACGAAGGAGAGGAGAGCACCAAACCCUGUGCCACCCCAUAAAGUAGGAGCCAAGAGCAGGACCUCUCCUCUCCAACUACUACUGAUUGAAAUCAACCGCAGAGAAAGGAGGCAAAUCAGCACAUUUCCAUGUCAUCUACUCCCAAACCUCUGAGCCGAUCCAGAUGGACACCAUGGUCAACGAUAUUGAAAACCAUUGCGAGGUCAAGUAGGGCAAGGAUCAACAUACUACCACCAUUGCGCUUACUACAGAGAUCUUCCAAAAGUACAAGUAUUGCUGUUUCUGUCCUACAGCUAUGCCUGAAUCCUGGCUGAAAAGAUUCCAGAUAAUCUGCUUCCUCCAAGGGCUGUCCUUUUAAGCUGUCACCCAACCACUUUCUUAGACAGAUGGAAGCCUCCAAGACCAUAAGGCUGGGGAAUUCCACCGCCAGUGCAGAAAUGAAGCUCAGGCAGGGAGGUUGUGUGUGGCAGGGAAGCUGGCGUACAAUGGCAACAAUCUCAACUGAUCUGUUGUGGUCUGCCAGCAGCCUGCAGAGUUGGCAACGGAGUCAGACAGCGAUGAGGCAGAGGAAGAACAUGGACCAGUCCUGGAGGCUGGGGAAGGCCAGGAUAAGGGCUCUGCCUCAGAGGCAGAGGUGGGGCCAGGGUCAUCGGGGAGUGAUGUGCGGACUCCAGAGGCUGACAGUAGUGAGGCAGAGGAACAGGAGGAGCCUGUUCCUAAUGCAUGCAUGAGAAGAGCUGCCAGAAGGCAAGAGCAGCUAAAGCAAAGAGGAUGACUCGGGAGUAGGGCCAACAGAUGAUUGGCCCCUCCCAUAAGGCUUAAAAGACCAGCAACGGCAUUUGGGCUCUUUGCCAGAAAACAACGUUGAUAGCCUUGUCUUGCUGCAUUUAUUUCUUGUUGGUGUCUUCUGCUUUCUUUUGCCAAGAAAGGCCUUUGGCAGUUUGCCUAAUUAGACCAAGGUUGGUGAUAAGACUGAAGAAUUGUGUUAGGAAGAAUUUGCUUUGAUUUAAUUUGGACUACGCUGAGAAUGCGUUAAUUCUAAGCUGUUCUAAUAAAGUCUCUUUGUUUUUAAACUGACUGAGUUUACUACUACCUACUUGGGGCUGAGUCACAACAUGAUCCCUACCUACAGCCCGAUUUAAUGAACAAGAUCCCACAUCCAGUGACCUGUGGAGAGCCCCCCUGGAAGUCAUAAGAGAUUGCUGGAUGAUGAUCAUCACACUGGCACGCCUACCUUAGUCUUGGAUCAUGCCAUAUCCAAAACCCAACUGGGCACGUCUCUGAAAGGCCACCACAACCACUCUCCUGGAUCCAGCCAGGUCUUGGCAAUAAAUGCCAAGUUGGCAUUAGAUUUCACACAAAGGAGGCUUUAUUACAGACUGACCCGGCAUUUAAAAGCAGCAGCAGGAAAUCAGGACUCCUGAAGUUGUGUUGAUUGGGUACAAGGACUGAACAAGGACCUGGGGGUAGGUGGCGAGGUUGAGAAACAAUGAUGACCAAAGUUGGGGAACCAAGAAAAGAUAUUUAAUUGCUCUACUUUUUAACAAUCAAGUUUUGGAUUGUGCCAAUCAGGAUUUGUCUUGCAAUCAUUUCAUACAAGUGAAAAGGCACAUGCUUGUUAUCUCAAAAGUUGGUCAGUGGUACCACAGUGGUGGCUCAGUGGCUAAGAUGCUGAGCUUGUCGAUCGAAAGGUCGGCAGUUCAGCGGUUCGAAUCCCUAGUGCCGUGUAACAGGGUGAGCUCCCGUUCCUUGUCCCAGCUUCUGUCAACCUAGCAGUUCAAAAGCAGGUAAAAAAUGCAAGUAGAAAAAUAGGGACCAACUUUGGUGGGAAGGUAACAAUGUUCUGUGCACCUUUGGCGUUGAGUCAUGCCGGCCACAUGACCACGGAGACAUCUUCGGACAGCGCUGGCUCUUCGGCUUUGAAACGGAGAUGAGCACCGCCCCCUAGAGUCGGCAACGACUAGCACGUAUGUGCGAGGGGAACCUUUACCUUUUUACCACACCAUUCUGGUUUUGGGAUGACAAAAACACAAAACCAUGAUUUGCCAAGUGAAUUCAUUCUUAGGGUAAGUGGUGGCAGAAUUCUUUCUCUCAUUGUAUAAGCCUUCCACUAGAUGUCCCUAGUUAUCUAGGAUUGACUUGGAAGGGCUGGCUGCUAUCCGUACCACAGAAGUUUUACUUUUCUUUUUCAAAAAACUGAUAAUGGUAGAAAUGGGAAUGCAUUAUUUGUAUACUAUCUGUCAUUCUACAGUACUCCUCUUUACACAAUUUAAAAUUUUAAGAUGCAUUAAAAAUUAAAAAGAUAUAAAUCAGAGAUCGUAAAUAAUGGAGUGAUAACACUGGGAGAUGUUACUUGCCAAGGUGCAUAAACAUGACUUCAGUCAAUGCUAUUAUUCUAAGCCUAAUAAUCCCCACUAAGGAGGUUAUGUUCAUUCAAUUAAUAUAAAGUUGUCCCUAAUGUUAACUGUAAAUCUUUUAGCUGGUCUUGUUAUCUUUGAAAAGGAUGGAAAGAGAGAUCUGCCUAUUUAUGCAAACAGAUAGAAAGAAUUGGGCAAUGUCAGUUUUCUAUAUUCUUCUUUUAUAUUUCUGUAGAUUCCAGUUUUUAGCAGUGGAACCUGGAAACCUAAACCCUGCCAUGCUGGAUUGUGUCAGGACAACAAAAACAUCACUGUAGAACAGAUUCACCCCUCCCUUCAUCAACUUGUCUCAAUUAGCACAAAACAAAAAAUCAAGAGUUUUGGAGGAAAAAUUUGGAUAAUUUUUUUUCCAGCUUAAAACUUCUAACCGCUGAUGCUUGGUGACGUUUAAACUGUAGCGUUAGGAUUGUAUUUUAUAUUCUCAUAGUUGCAAAUCUAAUUUUGGCUUUCCAGAAGUGAUCUCUGUUGGCUCUGGAGAUUCCCCCGUAGAAAAUGCAUUUUGAAAAACGAUUUAGCUUCAAGAUGGAUCUCUCCUGAACUUUCUACGAAGCUUUCUAUGUUACUACCUUCAAAGCGCUCCAUGGCUUAGGGCCUGGGUACUUACGGGACCGCCUGCUGUUACCGCAUGCCUCCCACCGACCCGUACGCUCACACAGAGAGGGACUUCUCAGGGUGCCGUCCGCCAAGCAAUGUCGGCUGGCGGCCCCCAGGGGAAGAUCCUUCUCUGUGGGGGCUCCUAUCCUCUGGAACGAGCUUCCCCCGGGCUUACGCCAAAUAUCUGACCUUCGGACCUUCCGCUGUGAAUUGAAAACACAUUUAUUUAUUCGCGCGGGGCUGGCUUAAAUUUUAUUGGUUUUAAAUUUUUUAAAUUUUUAUUAUUAAUUUUUAAUGGGUUUUAGUUUUUUAUGUUCCAAAGUUUUAGGCCAAUUAUGUAAUAAGUUUUUUAAUUCGUAUUUUAAAUUGUAUAUUACAUUGUUUGUUUUACCUUGGCUGUACACCGCCCUGAGUCCUUCGGGAGAAGGGUGGUAUAAAAAUUGAAUAAAUAAUAAUAAUAAUAAUAAUAA